AUGGGCGCCUGUAUGAGCUCAAGCAAUGAGGAGGCGGACCAGAAGAAGAAAAGUCAGGCGAUAGAUAAGAUGCUAGAAGAAGACUCGAAAAAGUUACGGAAAGAAUGCAAGAUCUUGCUCCUAGGCUCCGGUGAGAGUGGCAAGUCCACCAUCGUCAAGCAGAUGAAAAUCAUCCACCUCAAAGGCUACUCCGAAGACGAACUGUUCAACUACCGACCGACCGUCUUCAAGAAUCUGGUGGAAUGUGCCAAGGCUGUCAUUACUGCGAUGCAACAAUUUAAUAUCGUCCCGGAGAUUGCGGAAAAUAAGGAGUUUGCCCAGUUUAUGUUGGACUACCAGCCCGAAUCAGGACCGCAAGCACAUAUCGAUCCGCAGGUUGGCAUUGCUGUUCAGUCUUUGUGGAAUGAUCCCUCAAAGGCCCAGUUGAUGGAGCACCAAACCGAGUUCUACUUGAUGGAUUCGGCUGAAUAUUUCUUCCAAGAGGCUGUGCGCAUCUGUGCGCCAGAUUAUUUACCGAGCGAAAUGGAUGUGCUGCGAGCUCGUACGAAAACCACCGGCAUCUACGAGACUCGUUUCCAAAUGGGUCAGCUUAGUAUACACAUGUUCGAUGUCGGCGGCCAAAGAAGCGAAAGGAAGAAGUGGAUUCACUGCUUUGAAAACGUCACCUCGAUUAUCUUUUGUGUUGCUCUCAGCGAGUACGACCAAGUCCUUCUCGAAGAAAGCAGCCAGCAACAGAACCGCAUGAUGGAGAGUUUACUCUUAUUCGAUUCUGUCGUUAACUCGCGCUGGUUUAUGAGGACUAGUAUCAUCCUCUUCCUAAACAAGGUCGACAUUUUCAAGCAGAAACUUAGCAGGUCGCCGUUGGGGAACUAUUUCCCCGACUACUCGGGCGGUAGUGACGUGAACAAGGCCGCCAAGUACUUGCUCUGGCGCUUCAAUCAAGUGAACAGGGCGCACCUCAACCUAUACCCUCACUUAACGCAAGCGACCGACACAUCGAACAUUCGGCUUGUUUUUGCAGCCGUCAAGGAGACGAUUCUAAACAAUGCGCUGAAAGAUUCAGGAAUUCUAUAA